UCAGAUGCGGUGUAAACUGUAGUAACUAAUGGUAAUCCUGGCCAAUGAUCGAUAGGUAUUAUGUCGGCAGUUGCGGGAAUGAAUAUUAACCCCGUCAAUGGAAUCAGUCUCCAAACCUUGCAGUCCAUGCAGUCCAUGCAAUCCAUGCAGUCCAUGCAGUCCAUGCAACGUGAGUUCAUCUCCAAAUAGUUUGGUGAUACUUAAUUCAGAAAAAUACCCUCAGGAUGUGGAUAUGGAAGAAGGCGAGGGGAACACAUCUCCACCAUCCUUCGAACCCCUUCGAACCUCCUCCUCCCCUCCUGUCGACGAUACCCUCGAACCAGACUCUGAAGAUGAACUUUUUAUAAACGAAGGCCCGUCUUUAGACGAUGAUGAUAGUCUUGGGAACGGAGAAGAAGGGUUUUCAAACAAUUUCGACGAAAACUCAACGUUUUUGGACGACGAAUCAACAACCUAUGGCAGUCCAGGACUUAGGGAGGCUUUUGGUGAGGGAUUCGGCGGCGCUACUGAACAGGAGAACUCAUUAGAUCUAGAACCAUCAAGGACUGGUUCCGCCGACAAUUCAAGAAAGAAUAAGAGAAAAAACUUUCGACCCAGAAACAUUAUUUACUCUAACAACGAGAGCGACGAUGGUGACGGUAAGGUGCGAGAGCGCGACAACUCCCCGAUGGAUCUGAGUGUGGCCAGUAGUCGACCAAACCUAGAUUCAGAUUCAGAAUCGGAGACAGGUUCGGCCGGAAAUAAACCCAAGACCGGUGGACUAUCCGUGGUCCGUCCUGAGAUUCUAUUCGGCCGGAAGUCCCCAACCUCAGCACAGGGACCCGUGGACCCGAGUCCCUUAUACUUGCUGUCCCACCUCUCCAGCAUGUCCGGGGCCCUCAACCCGUUCAUGAAGGAGGCCUCCUCCGCCAAUACGAUGAAAGACGCGUUCCGUGAGGUUCUAAAACUGUACGGAAUGUCUUCUGAACUCGUGGAUUCCAUCACACAACAGUCAGAACAGAAACAAGAGAAACGUGUAGAGCCAUCAUUACCCCCUCUUCCCCUGCCAAUGCACCCCGGAAUGCUGUCUGCAGCUCUACAAGGGGGCCUUUCCCCUCACCACCCUCCAACCCCUCCCAGAACCCCCCAGGGGCUUAAGGAUCCCUCAUCCCCCCUUAAUCCGUUCCUCUCCAUGUCUCCUUAUAUGAAGAAUCAUAUGGGGUCCCCUCUUCCCAAGCAAAUUCAAGGUACUUUAAGAGGUUUGGAUCCAGCUUAGAGUGUGGUUUCAUGCCAUGUAAAGAACUAAAUUACAGGGAGCAUUUCCAUUGUGCAGUGCCAUUGUGCAAAGGUAAGGACUUUGCGAAAAAAGAGGAAAUGAUUCGGCACUCGAAGUGGCACCAGAAGAUGGAUGAGGCACUUAAGUAUGGGUUCAGACGUGUCACUCCCCUGGAUGAUUGUAGUAACCAGUUUACAGAUUGUGGACAUAACAAAAAGCAGACUCAUUACCAUUGCAUACAGGCGGAAGGUUGUGACAAGGUUUACAUAUCAACAUCAGAUGUACAGAUGCACUUUAAUUAUCAUAGGAAAGACAAUGCAAUUCAGAGGGAAGGUUUCCUUCGGUUUCGAGGAGCAGAGGACUGUCACACGUCCUACUGUUUAUAUAGAGGACAGAGGACAACACAUUUCCACUGCAACAGGACGUCCUGCCAGUUUACUUUCAAGAACAAGGCAGACAUGGAGAAGCACAAGAACUACCACAUGAAGGACGAACAGCUGAACAAGGACGGGUUCAAGAAGUUUAUGAAGCAUGAACCCUGUGGAUUCAAUACUUGUAAAUUUUCCCGGACACACAACCACAUUCACUGCAUCCGGCCACAAUGUGAGUAUGUUCUGCACUCUAGCGGUCAACUCUUCUCUCACAAGAGGAAGCACGAGAGGAAGGACAGUGAGCUAGCAUACAGGAAAUACAAGAUGAGUCAGUCUCUAGGAUCUGCUAGCCUGGAGGUCAGCCUGGAGAACGGGUCAGAUAGACCUCCAUCAGCAGGAUCAUUGGCCUCAGGUUGUUCCACACCGCCCCUUUCCCUCACCCCGACCAGUCUUGCAAAUACUUUUAAAAAGGAGCCAGCAGUUCUAGCACAAUUACCACAGACCGUUCCUGAAGAUAUUUGGCAGAAUUAUCUCCUAAGGUUUGAGGCUGAGGAAGGUUGUGGAUUCCAGGAAUGUGAGGUUGAGGAUACAGAGCAUUUUCACUGCAAAGAUGAAGGCUGUGAAACAGUGUUUAGAACUGAAGAGGGGGUGAGAGAACAUGGGCGGAGUCAUUUUCUUCAGGAAUCCAUAUCUGAUUCAUGCUUUUACAAGGUUGACCCCGAGGAGCCAGGAAGUGAGGGGGCUUGUCCCCCCUCAUGUACAUUUACUUCCAAGGAGGUUCAUUAUCAUUGCAGAAUGGAUGGUUGUGAUGAACUUAUUCUUUGCACUGAUCAGCCCUUCAGAAGAUUAGACCACUAUAAGGUACAUGAGUACAGUAGAAAAUGGCAAGCACAAUCAAGUCUACUGCAACCUAACCAGGGUCGCUUGGACGCUGUUAGUCGCGGCGAAUACAGUUUUGGUCGCGGCGAAUCUGUCACUAUGACGACAGCGUCUAGUAUAGAUGCCAUGUUUAAAAGAAAACGGGGCAGACCCCCAAAGAAUCGAAUUAUUGAGGUUUUCGACAGAAAUUUUGGUGGCAAUCCUUCUUCACCCAAUGGUCCUCAAGCUGUAUUCACAAGUUUCAAGCUACCCAAACCAGGGGUUCCUUCCUCAAUGCCAGAUUUUGGGGGUCUUGUGCCCCCUUACCACUACGGGGGCAACCGCCCCCAUAUCCCACAGUUUUCAGCCCAGCAUCAGUUAACAAUGAAAAGUGAACCAGGUCAAAAUUCCAUCGCCGAAGAUUCCCGGCCAGUGUCACCACCGACCGCUGACGAUCCGGAUAAAAUUCGGCAGAAUAACAACAUCCAGACGGAAGAUGAUUCAGUGGCCGACGAUUCCUCCCCGCCAAAAAAUCAAGGACUGAUAAAGGCGAGGGGUACAUAUUUCCCACUGACCGCCUUUCCGACGAGUAUGCCCCAAGGCCCCGUCAUGAGGCGGGCAGGAACGCCCCCUGGUACAGAACAGUCACCAAUAGAUAUGAUGUUGAAUCAUAAACUGGGGUUUGCGGAACGACAGGCCCUGUUAGACAGACAAGAGGCAGAACAGACAAAACAUACAACAAACAGACACUUUGAUGUCAACCAGCGGGAUGCAGGGGGAUCCAUAGAACCUAGUUCCCCUAGGCAGGAUUCCCCCUCUCCUCAGAUCCUUUCCCCCGCCCACCCCUCCCCUAACCAAGCGACCAGUCCCUCCCCUCUCUCUCUCUCCUCCUCCUCUCCCAGUAUGUCCUCCACCCCGAACUCCACCUCCAACCACCUAAAUUUUGCCAAUCCCUUCGGACUAGGGAGCAGGCCCCCUUUCCCCUCCCCGGGUAUGUUGCCCCCUGGCAUGAACCCUUUCUUCCCCCACGGAGGCAUGCUCCUCCCCAACCCGUUCCAGAGGUUCCCUCAGGACCCGAGGAUGAACCUGUUCCCGAGGUCACCCUGGACUCAGAAGAGGUCGAACACCCUGGACCUGGAAGAGGACCUUAUGUCGAUGGAUCAGAAGAAAAUGAGGUUACAGACUAGUAUGCGCAUGCUCAAAGAUGAACCAGUCCCUGAAGGAUACAUGAGAUAUAGGUUCAAUGAGGAUUGUCAGUUUACAAAUUGCAACUACCGAGAGCAUCAAACACAUUUCCAUUGUAUGCGGAAGGAUUGCAAUUAUAGAUUCUGCGACAAGACAAGGUUUGUACAGCAUACAGCUCGUCAUGAACGCCUGGAUACCCUAUGUGGAGACGAGUUCCAAGGGUUCCGUGGGGUUCCCUGUGGUAGGGAGGAAUGUGAGCUAAAUACCCUACACAACUCAAGUAGGUUUAAUCAAGGCGCAAACCAGAAAAGUAGCAGUCACUUCCACUGCCUCAAGUGCGACUACUACUGCACCGACACCAACAAGGUGGUCGCACAUAGGCGACAACAUCAGAAACUCGACAGUAUCAUGGCAGCAGGGUUCGAAAAGUACACUCCCACGCAGUACUGUACAAUACCGGGAUGCAGUCAUAAUGGUAAACAGACCCAUUACCAUUGCCGCAAAUGUCAAUAUGCUGUUCUUGGGCUCUCACAAAUGGAGGCGCACAAAUACCGACAUCUAAAUGAAUAAGAAGGGGAGUUAAGCUCUGGUUUCCCGUUAACAGGAAAUCCACGAGAAGUAAUUGUGGAAAGUCUAGUAACUACGCAGCAGUGGGGCAGCUACUGAUCAGCUCUACGCGGCUUAUAUUCAUGAAAAGCGAGAAAAGUCAAAAUACAACUUGUUGUUCAUUUCCGGUGAAAAUUGGAGUUCGUAGACAAUUGACAAAUUGUGAAGCUUAUCCCUGCCCCCCCCCCCUCUCACCAGCAGUUGUACACUGUACAGUAUACAGUAUAUGGUGUACAGGUACAGGGUUCAAUCAAUGCUAACCAAGCUUUACAUCUAACGUAUCUGUGAUUAUUUGCAUCAUCAGACAUGGUCCCAAACUUUUUCUAAGAAAAAUGGGACCAAAUUCACCUCUCUCUUUCUCUCUAUGUCGACAAUCAUGAUGUGUCUGUUCAAAACAGGAAUUAGUCGUUUUCACUUUUUUUUAGAACUAUAUGUACCAACCAUAAAUGUAUGUACCAGUACUAAAGUAUCCAAUGUACCCCGGUUUAGAGAUACGUACGUACCCCCCGGUUAAUCUGACUAGAAUGAGAUAGCUUUAGUCUGAAUAUUUAAACAGUAGUCACUCCCUUUAAUCAUUCUAGAAUUGAGCAUGAGUUUCCCAAAUAUUAAAUGUUAACAUUGUUGUAAAUAAAUCACAGGAAUCUCUUAUUUUGCCAUAAAUAUAUUAUUCAGUUUGACAACAGCACCUUAUUUUUGUUUUAUUUUCACUUUCUCAAUUUAUAUUAAAUUGUAAGAUUGCCACGAAAUCUACAGUGCCACCAUUUUGUUUAAGUGCCAUAUGUAAAAUAGAUGUUUGUACAAUAAGUGAGACACUCCAAUUCGCCUUGUAAACUACUACGGCUGAGUUAUCCGCCAUAUUUAAUUCCAGGGCGGAGUGUCUUUCUUGCGAAAACGUGAAUUCGUAAUGCCAAACAUAAUAUUAUUUUUAAUCUUUGUUUAUCCUUGUUUCUUUCAAGCUUCUCUUGUUGUUCUUUUCAAAAGGUUCAGACUUGAUUUUGAGUGAACACAUUUUGAACACUUUUUGUUGAUAGCUCUAUAUCCCUAUACCCCCUCCCCCACUCUACACUGCAUACUGUUGUUUUCACAUAAAUUCAUUUGUAUACAUAAAAUAUUUAUAUAUUCUCACCGUAUUUCUAGUUUGAUUUAAAUAUCAAGCUUAGAUUUUAGUUUAAUUCAAAGCUGUUUAUAUCAAAUCAGGCAACAUUUUGAGGCCUUAAAAAUGCAAAAAAAUUUGACCAAAGCUGUGAAUGGGUAUAUAUGUACACCACUCAAAACCCUUAAAGUGUCCAAGGCACCUAUAAAGUGGCUGCAACCCCAUUCAUAUUUACUUUAUUCAAUUUUUUAUAAUCGCACUAUUGUAUCCACACUAGGGAAAAUUUAAUUAUUUAAUUUGAGUGUAAAAAAAUAUUUGAUCUAGUAAAAAUGUAAUUUUUUGUGUUUCACUCUCUUUACUGUUAAAAAUGAGCAUAUUUUAUUGUUUCAAUAAAUGUGUGUUUUAAAUCA